UUGUGCACCGGAAGUAGUUACUGUGCGUCUCACGCUGCAGUUUCUCCCUCGGACACAUGUGAGAGCUGCAGAUAUGAAAUAUAACUAUAAGUUUAGUAACCUUCUGGGCACCUUUUACCGGCGUGGGAAUCUGACAUUUACCAAAGAUGGAAACUCACUUAUUAGUCCUGUGGGGAACCGCGUAAGCAUCUUUCAUCUGAAGAAUAAUAAUGCAGAGACUUUACCGCUGGCGACUCGGUGUAACAUUACAUGUGUAGCUCUGUCACCUGAUGGCUCACUGGGCAUCCUUGUGGAUGAAGAAGGAUCUGCUAUUCUCAUAAGUUUGGUUACAAAGUCUGUUUUGAAUCACUUCAGUUUCCACGAGCCAGUAACCAGUGUCAGCUUCUCCCCUGAUGGCAGGAAGUUUGUGGUUUGUAAAGGUAAUGUGGCAUUAAUGUACCACGCUCCGGCAAAGCAUCAGGAAUUUAAUGCCUUUGUGUUGGAUAAAUCAUUUUAUGGCCCGUAUGAUGAAACCACCUGUAUCGACUGGACAGAUGAUUCCAAGUGUUUUGCUGUCGGGAGUAAGGACAUGUCCACCUGGGUGUUUGGUGCUGAGCGCUGGAAGAAUCUGAUUUAUUACUCUUUGGGGGGACACAAGGACGCCAUUGUGUCAUGUUUCUUCCAGGAGGACAGUCUGGAUCUCUACACACUUAGUGCGGAUGCCAACCUCUGUGUGUGGCAAUGUGACACAGAGCUGUCUCAGCUGUUGCCUAGGGAUCCAAAUGAGAAGUCAAAGCAACAGGAAAACCCAGAGAGAGAAGAAACUGGAGUUGAGGAGAUCAGGGGCUCAGCCAAUCCUGCACCAGAGGAGAAAGUUGGCAGAGUACGGUACACAAAGAGCACCAGGCACUUUUUUAACAAGGAGGGCGAUUUCACCACUCUCACCUCUUCUGCGUUUCAUAAGAAGCUUCAUCUCCUGGUUACUGGAUUCUCCUCAGGGAUGUUUCAUAUUCAUGAGCUGCCUGACCUCAGCCUGAUCCACUCACUCAGUAUUUCAGAUCAGAGAGUUUCUGCUAUCAGCAUUAACAGUAGCGGGGACUGGAUUGCAUUCGGCUGCACCGGUCUGGGGCAGUUGCUGGUUUGGGAAUGGCAGAGCGAGUCUUAUGUGCUGAAACAACAGGGACACUUCAACAAUAUGGUGGCGCUGAGCUAUUCUCCAGAUGGGCAGCACAUUGUGACAGGAGGAGAUGAUGGGAAGGUGAAAGUUUGGGACACGAGCAGCGGGUUUUGCUUUGUGACAUUUACGGAUCAUACAAGCAGUGUCACUGCUGUCACCUUUACCAGCACUGGGCAGGUCGUACUCAGCGCCUCCUUAGAUGGAACCGUGAGAGCGUUUAGUCUACAUAGAUAUCGUAAUUUCCGCACGUUUACAUCCCCACGCCCGUCCCAGUUCUCCUGUCUGGCGGUGGACAGCAGUGGUGACAUAGUGUGUGCAGGUGCACGGGAUUCCUUUGAGGUGUAUGUGUGGAGCAUGCAGACAGGGAGACUUCUGGAUAUUUUGGCCGGGCAUGAAGGGCCAGUUAGCAGUGUGGCGUUUAACCCCUGGCGUUCUUUGCUAGCCACAGCAUCUUGGGAUAAGACGGUCAGGCUGUGGGACAUGGCAGACAGCUGGAGAACAACAGAGACAUUGGGCAUAGGCUCAGAGGCACUGGUGGUGACAUUCAGGCCUGAUGGGAAGCAGUUGGCUGUGGCUUCACUGAAUGGCCAGAUUACACUUUGGGAUCCUGAGAAGGGGAACCAGACUGGAUCAAUUGAGGGUAGACAUGAUCUUCAGCUUGGACGCAAGGACCUGGACAAAGUAACUGCUAAACACUCGUCUAAGGGCAAAUCCUUCACUGCUCUUUGCUACUCCGCUGACGGACAAGCCUUGCUGGCUGGAGGCGCCUCUCGUUAUGUCUGCAUUUACCACACUCAAGAACAGAUUCUGGCCAAGAAGUUUGAGAUCUCCUGCAAUCAUUCAUUGGAUGCUAUGGAGGAGUUUUUAGACAGGAGGAAGAUGACAGAGUUUGGGAGUAUUGCUUUGAUAGAUGAGGGGGCUGGGGAAGAGGAUGGAGUCAGUAUAAGUUUGCCCGGGGUCCGGAAAGGUGAUAUGAGUUCUCGACACUUCAAGCCUGAGAUUAGAGUGAGCGCGCUACGAUUUUCCCCUACUGGCCGUAGUUUUGCAACCACAUCCACUGAGGGCCUCUUGCUCUACUCUUUGGAUUCCAGCUCAGUAUUUGAUCCUUUCCAACUGGAUGAGGAAGUGACCGCUGGUAGUGUUCGUCGCGCAUUGCGCAAUGGGGACUGGACACUUGGUAUCGUCAUGGGCAUGCGACUUAAUGAGGAACAAUUGUUACAAGAGGCACUAGAGAGUGUGCCCUGCACUGACAUUGUCGUCCUCUGCUCAUCGCUGCCGGAGCUGUACGUAGAGCGGUUAUUGGUGUUUGUUGCAGCUCAGCUGGAGCGAUCACGCCAUCUGCAGUUCUACUUGACAUGGGCUCAUCAGUUGCUCAUGCAGCACGGACAGAAGAUGAAAACACGGUCCAUCUCAUUGCUCCCAGCCAUUCACUCACUACAGAAGAGUCUCCAGAGUCACUUUACACAUGUCUCUAAACUAUGUGACUGGAAUCGAUACAACAUGAAGUUUGCCGUAUGUUUGUCAAAGCAGCGAGGAGUGAAGCACAAACUAGAGGAUUCUGACACUUCAGAGUCUGACUCAGAGCUUCUUACUGACAGCCAAGGAGAAGCAGACAUGCAGCUUUAAAUAACACUUAUUAAGCAUGGCUCUGCACAAUGAACACGGAGUAGUUGCCCAGCAAAGUGCCUCGUGUAUGGCAGGAGGGUGAUGGGCAGUGAGUGAGACUUCCAGGAACUUAUGCUUUGUGAUAUUUGUUACUUAUUCCAACAUUUGCUGUUCCAAACAUCUCCAAGGGUUUUUAGGUGUAAAAAGGAAGCAAUGUGUGGUUGGGCCCAGCCACAGAUGUAAUAAAACAGAGUAGGAUAUGUGGGUGCUACUCAGGGCACAGGAUGGCUCGCUGAGAAGUAUCUGUCAAGCACCUGCUGAUCUGCAUUCCCAGAAUAUAAUUAGCUGCCACAAUAAUAAUGAGAUGUUGAUCUAUCUGAUUCAUAAGGUAGAAUAACAAAUAAAGGUUUAUAUUUUCACAGACGUUGUUCUUCUGUUAUAUAUUGUGUGGACACCUAUGAUAGCUAUUGUAAAAUCGGCUUUUAAUAAAAAAAGUAAUGUCUGUCUCUGUUA